CGCUGAUUUCAUCUACGUGUCUCCCCUUCUCCACAUCCUUAUACCGUACUCGAGACCAUCUUCUUCACAAACCCUGAUAAUACUCACCGCUAUGUCUUAUCGUCCUCAGAAAGGGUUUUCUAAAGGUUAUCGUAGCCAUCCAUACGGUGCCUCGCCUAAUAGACAGCCAACAAACCACAAGUCUAACAGCUUUGACCCUGACUCGGAAAGCUUAAACGCUGCAGGACUGCAUGCAUCACCCAGUUUGGAGCUUGCGCGCAGCGACCCGUUUCACCACUACAUUAUUUGCUCGGGAUACUUCCGGGGCAAAACGCUAGCAGAAGUUCACCUCAUCAAGCCGGACUACCUGCCCUGGAUGCGCAGUAAGCACUAUGAUGCUCUACCAGACACACACAUAAUUCGAAAAGCCCUCGAUCAAUGGGAGAAGGAAAGUGGCAGCGAAACAAGCCACAGCUGGUCCCUACCGCCCAUCUCCUCAGCACCAUCAAGAUUCAGACAGGACAAUGGGUCCUACCACAUAUACAUGUCCGAACGCUUUCUUAAAAAGACCUGGAAAACGACGCGCGCUGAGUUGGAGGCCGUUGGAGCAAACUCUAUCGUCUCCCACCGUUCGAAGACCCAGUCAAAGAAAUUCGCACUGUUCCAUGUGUACGAAUACGCGAAGGGACCAGGCGGCAUGAGCACCGCGGAAGCUGAUAAAGCGGCAGCAACUGAGAUGGCGCGGAUCACGAAAAGUCGCGCAAACUAUCGACGAUUUACGGAUCAAAUGAGUAACUCGUUUGACGACGACGACUGCGAUUUCGAUUGCUGUGAUCUUUGAGGAAGGGGAUGCGUGGAAUUGAAUGAUGGCUGGCGCAAAACAACGAGAUAGUGCGCGCCGAUAGAGAUAACCGAAGACUGAGGUUAGUCGUAAGAUUAUUGAUUGAGGAAAUACAAUCUCAUUAUUUAUUGAGUAUCAAUGUUCACAAACAUUUGAAACUGGGAAGCCAGAUAGCCAAGUCUUCGCCUACCAGCGAACCUUAUUUUUGCCCAUCUGAGGAAGAAGGCUAUGGUCAACUGCGGGCUUGAACGUUGACUUUCGAGUGAAGACACCCGUAAACGUAAGCGUGAGAGGUUGAGGGUAGAGGGGGUUCUUCAUGGACUUUACACUUCAGCUCGUUGUAUCACAUUGGCCUAUUAGAGAAAUCUGUCAAUAGAUUCUUUGACUUCGAAGAAGCG